UUCAAGUUUUUUGGUGUCUUUGUCAUUUAGAGACAACUGGGUCAAAAUUUUUGUCCCAGAAGAUGACAGUCUUUACUGAGAAACAAGUAGUAGGCUUCUUAUAAUGAGUCAAUGACAAACAUUUUUACUUUUUCUUCUUGUUUUAUAGUGCAAAACCUUGCUUUGGCAACUGUGAUAUUUUUUCUUCUUCUUCUUCAUAGCUGGUUCUUCUGUAAUCUCUCAGAGGAAGCUCUUCACUUUCAGUCAUGGGAGAAGAUCAAGAUAAAUCCCUCCAAAUUACAGAAUCAGAUCAGAUAGCCAAAGAAGCAAACACCACAGAUUUUUCAGAAACAAUCAUCAACCAAAGGAAAAUCUCCCACAAAGCAAAUUACAUUAAGUGGCUUAAGAUCUCUCUCUACAUCAUCUUUCUCCUUCUAGGACAAGCAGUGGCAACCCUCCUUGGAAGACUCUACUUUGACAAAGGAGGCAAAAGCAAAUGGCUUGGAACCUUGGUCCAAGUAGCAGGCUUCCCCAUCUUCCUUCCUUAUUACAUCAUAACAGCAACCAAACAAAAAACAAACACAAACAACAUUUCACAAACAGAACAACAACCAACCCUGUUGAAACUAGUUCUGGUUUAUGUCUCACUGGGGCUGCUUUUAGCUGCAGAUUGCUACUUAUUCUCCAUUGGCCUCAUGUAUCUCCCUGUCUCCACUUAUUCCCUCAUCUCUUCCUCACAAUUAGCCUUCAAUGCUAUCUUUUCCUUCUUCCUGAACUCCCAAAAGUUCACUCCUCCCAUUAUUAACUCCCUUGUUCUUCUCACCAUCUCCUCCACCCUCCUUGUCUUUCAAACAGAAUCAGAUGAUUCAGCCAACAAUAAGGCCUCUAAGGCCAAAUACAUAAUUGGCUUCCUCUGCACCAUUGCUGGAUCAGCCGGCUACGGCCUAGUGCUUUCUUUGACGCAGCUGUUCUUCAACAAGGUCAUCAAAAGUGAGUCAUUCAAGGUCAUUGUGGACAUGAUUGUGUACCGGUCGUUAGUUGCUUCUCUAGCCAUUGUUGUGGGGCUUUUUGUGAGUGGAGAGUGGAGUGGUUUAGAAAGGGAGAUGGAUGAGUUUGAGCUGGGGAAAGUAUCCUAUGUUAUGACAGUGGUUUGGACUGCCAUUAUAUGGAAAGUUUACACCGUUGGGUGUGUUGGUUUGAUAUUUGAAGUUUCUUCUCUGUUUUCCAAUGCCGUAUGUACUCUAGGAUUGCCUAUAGUUCCUGUUGCGGCAGUGAUCUUCUUUCAUGACAAAAUGAGUGGGUUAAAAGGUGUUGCCAUGGCUUUGGCGAUUUGGGGUUUUGUUUCAUAUGGCUAUCAGCAGUAUCUUGAUGAUUUCAAGUCCAAGAAAAUUCCAGAAGUUCGUUGUGAAGAAAGAUAGAUAAUGUGGAAUGUGCCUUCUCUUUCCCAUUUGAAAGUUCCUUUUUCCCCCUUUUCUUUUUUUGAGUGGGGGGAUCAUUUGCCAAAGCAAAGCAUGCUGUAAAUUUUCAUAAUGGCAUCUUAGUUAUUAACUUUGUGUUCAAUCACCCUAAAUCACGGGUGCAAUGCAUAAAAUUGAAAUUCUUCCUAUUAUUACAGCA